GCGCAAUGUUAAAUAUUUAUGUUGGACGAAUUAGUAGCCAUUAGCAUUUUCGUCAUGAAGAUAUGUCAGUAGUGGAAAUUAUAUUAUUAUCAAUCUCAAUUGCAGCACUUGGAGGAUGGUUACUGACAUGGUUUAUACACACUGUAGCUUUAAUUUAUGGAAUACGGAAACUCCACAAGCCAUCUCCACAAAUUUCCCCGGAAGACCUCCAGGGUGUUUCCAUCAUCAAACCCCUUGUUGGAGUUGACUCUAAUCUUUAUUAUAAUUUAGAAACUUUCUUCAAUAUCAAAUAUCCAGCGUAUGAAUUGUUAUUUUCGGUGCACGAUGAACAAGAUCCUGCCAUUAUGAUUGUACAGAAACUUAUAGAGAGAUACCCUAAAGUAGACGCUAAACUUUUUAUAGGAAUGAAAUAUGUGGGACCAAAUGGGAAAGUAAAUAAUAUGAUGAAACCUUUUGAAGCUUGCAAAUAUGACCUUGUAAAUAUAUCAGACAGUUCAAUAAAAGCUUCACCAGAAGUUCUAAUGGACAUGGUGGGUCACAUGACUGCUGAUACAGGGCUUGUUUUACAGAUGCCUUUUUGUUGCGAUCGUAAAGGAUUUGCCGCAAUAUAUGAAAAGGUGUUUUUCGGUACAAUGCAAGCGCGUAACAUGCUGACAGCGAUAGCUUUAGGUAUAAACUGUUCCACCGGAAUGUCUUCCAUGAUCCGGAAAGAAAUUGUAGAACGGGCGGGAGGACUUCAACAUUUUGCUCAAUAUCUUGCCGAGGAUUUCUUUUUAGCUCAUCAAACGGUCCAACAAGGAUUUAAGGUGAAAUUAAGUAACAUGCUAGCCAUGCAGAAUUCCGGUGCGUACAGUGUUGAUCAUUUCCAUCAAAGAUUGACACGGUGGGGAAGGCUGCGCGUAGCAACUGUACCAACUCUUCUUGUUUUAGAGCCUCUUUCUGAAUGUAUUUUACAAGGUCUUCUUAUAUCAUGGUGUGUAGAGUAUUUAUUCGGUUUAUCAUCAAUGGCAUUUUUCUUGAUGCACGUGCUGGUGUGGUUUCUAGUAGACUAUACGUUACUUAACAUCUGUCAGAAUGGUCCGCUGCCAUUCAGCAAGUUCGAGUUCCUGUGUGCAUGGUUAUUUAGAGAGUGCACGUCAUCGUAUCUCUCCUUGAAAGGUCAUUUCUCGUCGGCGAUUGUUUGGCGGCACCGGAAAUAUCGGUUACGUUGGGGUGGCACAAUUGAAGAGAUUUGAAUAUCUUAAAUAUCUGUGAUUUUUUCUUUCGUACAUAAAAAAAUGAGAACGCCAGUCUCCGCAAAACAUUACCGAUUAUUACAGGACCAAAUUUUGUUUAUAGGGAGUGGAUAUGUGUGAAAAAGAACUAGAUUUUUAGAUGGAAGGAGUAGUAUUCAAGAACAUGAUAUUUUUGUUAAAUGGUUUAAAUCUUUUUGAGAUCAAUGAAUAGUUUUCAAAGUAUGUAGUAGUGGCUUCAUUAUAUAAAAAAAGGCCCUAUUUGGAACGUUAAAACAAGGUGCUAUUUCAUUGAAGAAUUAAACUUGACAAUGUCUCAAUCUUAAAUAGUACUUACAUUUGUUAAUCAUGGAUAUGAUUAGAACAAUGAAGAUUAAUCUCGCGUUUGAAAUAUUUAGCUUUUUCUAGCUUACCUUUUUGACCUUUAUAUUUGCAUACCUGUAUAUAACAGCAUAUAUAUAGAUUAUGCUAAUUCAAAAGUCUUUACAUAGAGUUUGUCACUCAUUUUAUAAUUGUAGCACUGUAAGAUUUUCUAGAUCUAACAAAUCUAUAGAACAGAUACAUUCAACUUCAAAUUUACUUUAUAAGUGAAUACUUUUGAAGGGUUUGUCUGGACAGUAUGGCCUGUAAAUAGUAAAUCAGAAAAGAAAAUUCAAACUUUUCGCAAGGCUUGUCGAUCAGCCAUGUUUUGAUCGGAGACUGGUUCAUGAGUAAAUGAUUGAAUGAAAUUUGCAUGUGUAUGUAGACUUAAAAGUUAAGCAAAAGGAAUGAUGCUUGAUUAAUAAGACUGGCAGAUACACUCAAGCAAAAGGACAUUAACAAAUUAGGCAGAAAAUAAAAUGUAUGAUUUUUGGUUAAGUUACAUACUUGGUAAUCAAACUUUUUUUUCUUCCGACAUAAAUUGUAGAUGAAUCAAAUUGUUUGUUUUUUUGGUCGAGUUACAUACUGGAUAAUUAAACUUUUGUUGUUUUUUUGCUAUGAAAUUUAGAUUAAUCAAUCAAACUGUUUGUUUUUUUGUCCUUCGAUACAAAAUUAAGAAUAAAUUGUUUUGUACAGCAUUAUGUAAAUCACAGAAUCUCUGCAUUAAAACUGUAUUUAUAUAUUAUAUUUGUCUCUAAAAUCAAGAGUAAUAUUAAAUAGAACUUUAAUUUAAAGUUAAUUGUGUGUAUAUAUGGAAAUGCUAUAAAUGAAGGGUACAGAAAUAAGUUGAUUUUGUGAUUUUGAUUGUGAAAUUCUUCAUGAUGUAAAUGUAUCGUAGACAUGCCAUAACAAUGCAGUUUUUUCGUACAACAUUAGCAAGAUUUAUUUAUAAUAGACGUGUGUUCCAGAAAUCAAAAAAUA